UUUUUUUAAAAAAAAAAUUCUAAGGCUACAGCCCAGCCCACAUACCCUUUUGUUUUGAAACAAACUUAGGUUUCCAGAAGCUUAAGCUCUGCCGUUCUCUCUCUUCCUGCCUCUCUCUCUUGCUUCCUUCUUCUUCCUUGAAUUCCUUCUCUAUUCUUCCUACUUCCAUUGCUUCUUCACUCUUCAGUUCUUCCAACAUCUCUAUUCUCAAACUCUCAAAACCUCUUCUCAACCGCCUUCUUCUUCCUUGAGCCUCGAUCUGCUUUGCCCACCUUCGUCUGAGACUCGGUGCUGCUCGAGUAGGUGGUUGCUGCGUGCUACUUCGCCCAACACGGUGGUCGCUUUGUUCUAUGUUGCAACAGUCAACAGUACCUUGGGAGCAAAUUAAUUGUAAUUUCUAAUUAUAUUUUUUCUAUUCUAAUUUCUUUGUAUAUUUCAAAUUUUAUUAUUAUUAUUGAAACAAAGCUUUGUAUAAAGUUAUUUUGUAUCUUGGUUGUUCAAUUGUGUGGAGUUUGGGUAGUAGAUCUAAAUUGUUUUUCAAUUUUUUACCUUUUGGGAGCAAAUUAUUUACAAUCAUUCAAAAUUCCGGGUACCCUAUGUCCCGACCCGAAUAAUUCGGGUACCCGGAACCCGGGUACCCGAAAUAUUCAGGUCGGGACAUGGGACAAAUUUACAAGUACCCGAAACUCCGGGUACCCGGGUUUUCGGGUACCCGGAUUUGAACACCCCUAGCUAAGAUGGUUCAUAAGCCAGCUUUGAAAUAAUUGGUUGGGUAGGUGAUGUGGCAUCAUGAAGUAUUUGUGAAGUGACGUGGCGUAUUAUACAAGGAUCUAUGUAGAACAUGAAUAUUUUUAUAAAUGCCUUUUAAUAGAUUAGUAUAGAUGUCUUCAUAAAGGAGCAUGAGAGUGGAGUAUCCUCGUUGUUUAUGUUGCUCACCACAUUGGAGGCAUCGCAUUCGAGCUCAAGGUUCAUGUAUCCCCAACUGCUUUGCUAAUUGUAUACCAAAUCGCUGAACCAUGGAAUUAUUUUGUCCGUUUAGUGCCAAGUGCCCGUUUAAAAAAUAAAAAUAAAAAAAAACAUUUAAUCAACAUCAAAAAGUAAAAUGCAGUGAAAUCAUCGUCAUCAUCAUCAUCGUCUCUAACCUUCAAAAUCUCAUCUCUUCGACACAUCCACAUGACUUCCAUCUCAAAUCCUCCAUUAAAACACUUCCUUCCUUUCUCUCUCCUCUCAAGGUAAGAAAUUCCCAUCUCCCUUUCUCUCUCCUCUUUUUAUUUCAGCUUCAAGAAUUGCUUUUUAUGAUGUAUACAACGUACAGUAGUAGCUCAAUUAUAUCACUAAGAACUUAUUCUGCUUUUAAUGAUUACUCUUUUUGUUCAAUUGAAAAAUGCCCAUCAAUUUGUUGUUCUUGUUGUUCAUUUCCUGUUAAUUCUUGUAAAUUAGUUGUACCCACAAACCCUAGCAUAUUAUAUGGGUUAAGGCAGUCCACCUUGAUUCAAUGCCCUCCUUCUAGGAGGUUUAUAUUGGGUUCUAGUGAUCGGUAUUGUUGUCGGUCUUCUAUUUACGAUGUGGGGCGAUGUUGUUGCUUGGAAUCUAGGUGUGUUAAGCAGGAGAGAGUGGUUGGGCUUGGUAGGAAAAGUUGUAAUGAGGAAUGUUGUGUUAAAGAGAAGAGGGGUAUUGAUGUUGAUAAGAUUAGGGGUAGGAUAGGUAUGCCUAAGCGCGAUUUUAGAAGUAAUGCACUUGGAGAUGUUGAGGCUAUGCUUAGUUUGUUGAGUGAGGAGGUUGUUGAGGAAUGUGGGGUUGUUAGGGAGAAAAAAAGGAGCUCUCCUCGGGAAGGGAAAGCUGUGAGUAAGCCGAAUAUUGAGAGGUUUAAGGAUAGAAAGCCGAAUGUUGUGAUUGAGAAGUUAAAGGAUAGACAGCCGAAUGUUGUAAAUGAGAGGUUAAAGGAUAGAAAGCCAAAUGUGGAUUCUGUGUAUAGGGAGGGUGAUUGGAAGAAUUAUAGACUGGAGUCGGGGGGUAGGGUUCAGGCUAGGUUUGAGGGUAAUAAGAGGGAUGAAGAAAGGGAGAGUAGCUCUAUAGAUGAGGAUGGAAGGUUGAGGAGAAGAGAAUCUAGUUCAUCCUAUUAUUCUCUUUCAGAUUCAGGGGACUUUGGGAGUGAUGUGGAAGUUGAGAUACAGCAAGAUCAGUUUGUCGGAGAGUUGUUGACCAGUCAGAAGAAGGAUUCUAGGAAAAGUGGGGGCGUUGUAAUUAGUGAAGCUACCAAGCAAGACUGGGAGAGGUAUAGAGAUGAGAAAGAUCAGGAAUUGCGAAGUAGUAAACGUGAUGAUUUCAAAGUUGGUGGCUCUAUUCAGCGGGAUUGGAGAAAGAAAUCAGAGAAGAAGCUUACUGCAGAUUCCGAAGAAACUGAUUCUAGAUAUUUCGAGCAGUCUAAGCUAUCCCAGGCUCAACAAAGCAGUUCUAUGAUUGCCUCAAGUUCGAAAAAGCAUUUGAAUUAUCAAGAACAGUCUACGUCCGAUGUAAAAUCUUUUGGGCAGUCAAAUUCCCAUAAUCAAAACAACAAUCGAUCUAGUAGACACUCUAAAUCUAGCAGUCACCAUGAAUAUUUGACUCAAAAAAAUAGAGAAAAUGUUGAAUCAAGUUCUACUACAUGGAGAAGAUCUGGCCAGGAAGAUGAUUUGAAGAUGGUUGGUUCAGUUCAAGAUACAGGAUGUGAGUAUUGCAAAACAUCUGGUAGAAACAUGGACAAAAGAAUGACACAAUCAGACUUCCAAGGGCAUGCUGGGCCGACUGGGAUGAGUGCUAAAUUGACCACAAGUGCAGAAAGUUUGCGUGAAAACAGACAAAGGAAGCACGAUAUGAGUUUAAGUUCUCACCAAAGUUCAGUUGAGGAAAAGAGUAAGCAACAUGACCAAAUUCAUGUGGUGACUGGACAAACCAGCGCAGAGAGAAAAUCCCAACAUUAUCAUGAUAUAAUUUUUACUGAUGCUAUACAUGCUGAAAGCAGUUUAAGGGAAACACAACAAUCAGAAGCACAGAUACGCAAUUUGAUGGAAAAGUCAAAAACUACUACAGAGAACCAGUCUGAGAGUAGACGUAGGAAGGAGGAAAAGAGUUCGAUUUCACUUCAAACCUCCCAUAAGGAGGAGAAUAAGCAGCAUGAUGAUAUUUGUUUGGGAACUAGUCUAGUGGAUGCAGGGAGAAAGCUCCAACAUUACAGUGGUAUCAUGGAUACUGAUGCUAGUUAUUCUCAAGAUACCUUGAAGUCACAGCAGCAAUCAGAAAUUCGAAUGAAGCUUUUGGAGGAAAAGACAGCCUCACUUGUUGCAGCUGAGGAAGUGAAAAGGUUGCGUCAGGAAUUAGAUGGUAAAGUGACUAAGAAUCCUAAAUCCAGUAUAGUGCCUCAUGCUGAGAGAGGGGAUUCAGGAGUUCAUUCUUCCGAUUUGGAGGUCAAUAGUCAGUCUUGUUCUGAUAGGAGAGUAUAUAAUGAGCAAAGUUUUUUAAAAUCAAAGGUGAAAUCAGUAGAAGAAUUAGUGGAGAAACGCAAGCGGAUUGAUGAAACAAUUGUUCUAUCUACACUUAGAUCUGAGGUGCAGGGCCCUGCCACUGGACAAUUUUCUGGAGAAGCUACUAUAAGCCAACCCUCAGUACCUUUAAUUUCUCAGACAGCUGUUCAACAAUUUAGCGGGGAAGAAGCUAAAAGUGGAAAGCUAGUGAUGACAUCUCCACCAUACCAAUCUGUAAGCAGCUCCCAGUUUCAAGAAGCAUCAAGCAGCUCUGUGAGAAAUGAUAUGGGAAAGACCGAGGAAGCUGGUUCUGGUAGUUCACUUAAACAUCCUCAAUCAAGAACUUCAUCAUCCUAUGGUGAAGUCUAUGGUAGCAAGAGCAUGUCUGGUGAGGAGUAUAAUCAUAGGGAUGCGCUAAUUUCAGCUGCACGUAUGCAGGAAACAUCAACUCAGAUUGUUGGUGAAUUUACUGAGAAGAUGAGACUUGAAGCAUCAAGUUCUGACACUAGCACUGAGAACAAAUUAGAAAAACUAGAUUUAAAGCUUCAAGAUAAAAAGUAUAUGCUGAAAGGAUCAAAUGAAUCGGAUUUUGAUAAGACAGACUUACAGAAGCAAGGUUCAGAGCAUCCACCUCAGGUUGCUAGUCCUAAUCCUAAGAAGAAAAAGGCAAAGAAGCUAGAUUCAAAGCGUUCAUCUGCAGAUUCUGAAACCAAGGGAUCCUCAGAUCAGAUGUGGGAUGUGAAGGAUCACUUUGUUCAUGAAGCCUCAGAAAUGGAAUCGUUAGAGAGUCCAGCUUCUGGAAGUGUUGCUGUUGUUAGGACAGGAAAGUCUUUGUGGAGCACUGUUGCGAAUGUAUGUAGACUUCGAUGGGGUUCACAUUCAGAAAAACAGAAGUCUCCUGGUGAAGGAAAGACUUCACCUAGUGGAUCUGCUGGUGGCGAAUCAUGGUUCUCUGGAAAUGAGGCAGAUGACGCAGUUGACGAUGACGAUGGCAUUAAAGCAGAGCAGCUAGGCUUGCUGCAAGAGGCUACUUCUGAUCAAUUAUUGAUGGAGACCCCUAGGAGUCAGAGUAAGAAGGAUAUAGUAGUGAACAUGGAUGACAAAUUGAGCAAAGUUGAUGCAGGUGCUUCAUCCUCUUCUAGUGUAGUACAGAGCAGUUCACUAUCAGGAGAUGCCUUUGUUAGUGAAAAUAUCAACUUGAAUGUUCCCCGACUUAUGUCACUAUCCAGCCCUUCUAUGGAUCUAUCCAAAUCAUCUGUCAGCCAGUUGAGAAGAUCAAAUGCUUUUGAAGAUAUUGAUGAACCUGAGAAUAAUGAGGCACCCAUUAGUCCUUCAAGCGAGACUGAUGUUAUUGCUUCUGAGGGAACUGAUGUUAUUGCUUCUGAGGGAACUGAUGAACUAAAAACAAAGAAGCUUCAACGCAGCAAGGUAGUUUUGCAAAGGUAUGAUGAAUGGGAAGAUGCUUAUAGACGUGAACGUGAGCAACGGAAAGUUGAUGAAAUUUUUAUGAGGGAAGCGCUUUCAGAAGCAAUGAAAGCUGCUGAUGCUUGGGAAGUUCCAGUUGGUGCAGUACUGGUGCAAAAUGGAAAAAUCAUUGCUCGUGGGUACAACCUGGUAGAGGAAUUGAGGGAUUCCACUGCCCAUGCUGAAAUGCUUUGCAUAAGAGAGGCCUCAAACUUCCUUCGGACAUGGCGGCUUUCGGAAACCACUCUCUAUGUAACGCUGGAACCAUGUCCUAUGUGUGCUGGAGCCAUUCUUCAAGCCAGAAUCAGUACCCUUGUUUGGGGUGCUCCAAAUAAGCUUCUUGGAGCUGAUGGCAGCUGGAUAAGGCUUUUUCCGGAUGGCGUUGAAGCAGAACAACACCCAGAAGAAUCAGAGAAGCCAGCUGCUCCUGUACACCCUUUCCACCCAAAGAUGGAUAUUCGAAGAGGGAUACUGCAAGAAGAAUGUGCCGACAUAAUGCAGCAAUUCUUCCAACUCAAGAGGAGGAAGGCCAAAGCUAAGGCCAAGGAGAAGGAUACAUCUUCAUCCGAUGAAUCAGGCCAACCUUCUUGCUUUCCAAAACCACACCAUCGGUCAAAAUUGUUGCAUAAGAUGCAUAAUGUUUUCCAUCCUUCAAAACAGCAGGCUGAUCAAUCUUCAGGAAAGUAAACAUGUGAUGGUUAGUUUUUCUAAAAUGUACAGAUCAAUGAUAUAAUAUGUGUGAAUUAGUUUCUAAAUGUUCAUAAUUCUACUUGAAUAACUUCCACCUGUAAACUGUGCAAAGUCAAAUUCUGGACGAUUUAUAUUAAUGUGCCGACUUUUCCAUGGAUUGA